UCCUCUCGUCUCUCGUAGCCCAGAAGUUAAAAAGGGAUAUCUCAGUGGCGGGAUUUUGUGUUUUUACAAACAGAGCUUUCCAUUUCUCUCUCCUUUAUCCGCCCUCUUUAAGACCAGAAAAUCUCUUCUUCUUUCUUUUCAAACUUGAGAGAGAGAGAGAGAGAGGUAGGCAGUUCUUCAUCUGUUUUUGUGUCUAUAGCAAAAGGAAAGACAGAAAAUGGCCAUGUCCUUGGGUUGUUGCUGGUCCAGCUUCUUGGCAGGGCAGUCGAUGGAGGCCAAGUCUUCGUCAACCCUCCGCUUUGCUCCUUCUCCUGCUAAUUUGCGCGUGGUUCGCUUCGUAACCAGCGCUGCUUCGUCCAAGCCUGCAACAACCGGUAAACGUGAGCCCAGGGGCAUCACCAAGCCCAAACCCAUCUCUCCUGCAAUGCAAGCACUUCUCGGCGUUCAGGAGAUCCCUCGUACCCAAGCCCUCAAGCAGAUUUGGGCUUACAUCAAACAGCACAAUCUUCAGGAUCCUGAAAACAAGAAGAUCAUAAUGUGUGAUGAAAAGCUGAAGACCAUAUUUGGAGGGAGAGAGCGUGUUGGGUUUCUUGAGAUCGCAGGGCUGAUCAAUCCUCAUUUCCUCAAGUGAAGUCCAACUUUGCAGAGAUUAACUUUGGAAGUUCAAAAAUCGUCAGUGAAUUAGCUUUUUUUUUUUGUACAUGGGUGGUGUAGGCGCAUGCUGGUUCAACUUGCAAAAAAAUAUGACUUCUGCUGCUUCAUUCAACUCUAGGGUAGUUCUUUAGGGUGCAGAUACAUGCUGUUGCUUUGUGAGCAUUAAGAGGUUCUAGUUGCAUGGUUCAGUUAGUUUUACUCAUGCUUCUUUAGCAAGGAGACGUGAAUGCAAAGUUUAUUUUCCCUGGUAGCACCUUCAGCCUUUCUAAGAAGAGGGUAUGCAUGCAAUCUGUGUUUACACUCUUUUAAACUUGUUCAUGCAUCGGGGAAAUGGAAAUUCUGUUUCAGCAUGCUUAAUAGAUGUGGUAUUGAAAGCAACAUUUUUGACAGCUA